AUGUCCUUUGCCAUGAAGAAAAUCUUUGGGGCUAAGGAAAAGACACCCUUGGGUUUCUGCGAUGCCCCACAAAUGACUGUCUCUGAGUUUUUCUUCGGUGAAAAUCCAAACUAUCCGAAAUAUCAUACAACAUACAGACCUUUGGGGCACAUCCACCGGGUUGCAGCUGAGGGCGAUGCAGCCCAGAUAGAGAUUCUCAUUAUGCUUGGACAGUGCAGCGUGCACGACAGAGACCGCAAGGACAGGACGGCUUUGCAUUUUGCCUGUGUCUAUGGCCGGCUACCAGUGGUGACUGUUCUAGUGAACAAUAAGUGUGAGAUCGACGCCUUAGACAAGAACCACAUCACACCUCUGAUGAAGUCUGUCCAAUGCUGGAAGCAGAAAUGCGCGACCGUGCUGCUGGAGCACGGCGCCAAUCCGAACAUUAUCGAUAAAAGUGGCAACAGUGCCUUGCACUACGCUGUGUACAACGGGCAUGAGGAGAUGGCGGCCCUACUGCUUCAAUACAACGCUGAUAUCGAACAAAAAACCAAGGAUGGCUUCACACCGCUGUUGCUGGCACUCAGAGAAAAGAGGGUGGAGGUGGCAGAGUUUUUGGUAAAAAUGGGAGCAGAUAUACAUGUUGCAGAUGAGCUGCAAAGAAACACCUUGAUAUACGCUAUAAGAUGUGGAUCAAGAGAUCUGGCUAUAUUACUCCUUGAGAAAGGUAUUGAUUUCUUCUACAAGGAUGUCUUUGGAUGGACAGCACUACGUUACGCUAUUGAAGGCCACUGUACUUUUAGACAGACACUUCUGGAUUUUGAAGAAAAUCUAUAUAUUAACAAAAAACGCAACAAACCAGAAGUAGAAGUUGAACCCAAGACCUCCCGAGUUUUGGCAGAACAAAUAGAUGCUGGAAAUGACUCAUUAGCCAAGAUCUCCAGUUGUCCUAGCCCCGAGACUCCCGUGCUUGCAAUGAAGGGUGAAGAGAACAGUUGUGAUACCAGGGUAAAUUGCUCCUCUGCGGAGUUACUUUCCUUGGCCUAA